AUGUACUUUGUAGCACAGGCCAAGGAGCCAUCUGCCGGAGCAGCCAGACCAGGCCGUGUCAUUGGCUGUUGGCUGUGCGUCGUCGGGACCGGAUCCGCCUUCCCGGUUGAGCUAAGCCGCGAAGCAAAGAGGCAUUGGAUGGUCUUGCGCACACGACACACACCUGACCGCCCUUUGUUUGCUUCUUCGCUUUCGCCCGUCCUUCCCGCCCUUCCCGUUCUGCAGAGUUGCCUUUUCCUUCCCAUCGCACUGACCAUCCAGGUGGCCAAUUGGGGAAUCACGGACGUUGCUCCCGAGGCCUGGGGAUCGACUGCCCGCCGCAUAUUCCCAAGCCAAGGAGUGUUGUGCAUCGCCUGCAAGAAAAGCCUUCAGCGGACCGUCAACUCCGAAGGGGGUGACUUGUACCUCCUUUCAAGCGCCGGAUCCCUCCCGCCACACUCUCCCUCUCUCAUCGAGCACUGCGCAAAUUUCAGUCCUCCACCGGGACUUCUUGCAGCAACUAUGGCACCCCGCCAGGGUGGCUAUCUUCGCGUUCCGGGACAGGAAGACGACUUUUCCCGGAAGCAGCCUCGUCGCAGCCGUUCCGGCUCCUCCGGCCGGAGGCAAAAAGCUCUGCCCAGCGAGAAGCCUCUCCCGGCCCUCCCGCCGCCGACGCCGACGUCCGGCGCCGCGUUUGUCGACAUUGAUCUACACGGUGACGGCUCUCACAACUCGCCCAGUAACCGCCGUCGCGCCACCAUUGCUAUCGCGCUCGCCCUGGCCUUUGUGGGAUGUAUGCUCGCAUUUGUGGUCCUGGGCUUCGCCUGGGACAAUGGCGGCGUGAGACGGGGCCCGAACGCAUUGGACGGCUUGAAGAACCUCGAGAACUGCCCGUGUAGGCCGGACGAUGACGUGCCACAGUACUUCAGGACGAGUCCGGAGUUGUGGGCGGGCCCGACGGCGACUGGCAAACCUGCCUUUAUGGCGCAGACGAGAGUAAUUCCGACGGGAACCUUUGUGCCGAAUGCGCCGCUGCAGACGGAUAUCCCUAUCGAAGGAAUGGGAAGCAAGAAUGAGAGCAUUUUCAACAUGAUGGGGUAUCUUACCCCGUAUCAACCGAGUCCUGGCUUUGGUGUUGAGGAAUACGCGCUGCCGGAAGGAGCCGAUAUCGUUCAAGUUCAGAUGCUCUCUCGCCACGGAUCUAGAUAUCCCACCACAGGAUCCAAUGUAGCCGAUUUUGGGCAGCGCAUCGCAAAGGCUGGCAAGAAAUUGAACGCCAAGGGUGCUUUGAAGUUCUUGAAUAACUGGAAGUAUCAACUGGGACACGAGAUAUUGGUUCCAAAGGGGCGUCAAGAGCUGUUCGACUCUGGCAUUUUGCACUCGUACAUGUAUUCGUCGCUGUAUAAUCCGAACAGCAAGAUCAUUGUGCGAACAACUACGCAAGACAGGAUGCUGAAGUCGGCCGAGUAUUGGCUGGCGGGUUUCUUCGGUCUCGAAUGGACAAACAAUGCCACCAUCGAGGUCAUCAUUGAGCAAGACAGAGCGAACAACUCGCUCGCCGGCUACUUGAACUGCCCCAACGCUCGCAAGCAGAAUGGAGGCGACGAUGCUGCCAAGGUUUGGAUCUCAAACUACCUCGCCAAUGCUACUGCCCGGCUGAAAGAUCUGGCGGAGGGAUAUGACUGGACCAUCGAUGAUACCUAUGCGGCUCAGACCAUGUGUCCUUACGAGACGGUGGCAUACGGCUUUAGCGUCUUCUGCGACUUGUUCACCUACGAGGAAUGGGUCGGCUUCUCCUACUCCGUCGACCUCAUGUUUGCCGGCAAUAACGCAUUCCAGAACCCCACAGGUCGCGCUGUUGGUAUCGGCUAUCAACAAGAGGUCAUUGCGCGCCUCCAGAACCAUACUCUGGGCUACUCUGGGUCUCAGAUCAACGUGACACUCGACAACAACACAGUCACGUUCCCGCUCAACCAAAGCCUCUACUUUGACUUCUCCCACGACACAAACAUCGCCUCCAUCCUAACGGCGUUUGGCCUGAAGCAAUUCGCUCAACUCCUCCAGCCAACGCAGUACCCGGGCCCGCACAACUUCACCGUCUCCCACAUCACGCCCUUUGGCGCCCGGCUCGACAUUGAGGUCAUUAAGACGCCCAAGCCGUUCAAGGCCGACCGUUCCGGGUACGAGAAGGACGGCGGGGAGACCAGGUACAUUCACUUUGUCCUGAACCAGAGGACCGUGCCGCUGGGCUGGAGUUUCCCCGAUUGCGAUGUCACGAGAUUAGACGGUUGGUGCGAGCUCGAGACGUUUUUGAAAGUGCAGCAGGGCAUGCCUGAGCUGGCGGCCUAUGAUAGAGCUUGCCAUGGAGACAUUGAGACCGUUCCGUACGGGACCGUGUAUGAUGGUAGACCCUUGUGA